AUCAAGCUGUGAAUCUGCGGCUGCUGCUGGUGGUUGAUACGUCCACUGUAACGUCAAAAUGCUGGCUGACGAGAUCCGAGAGCAGAAAACCAGCAUGGUUGAGUGAGGAUGAGACUGCCCAGCUCUGUCCUUGUGUCGGUCUCUUUGUUUACGGCCGAGACGACGGCUGCUCUGUAUCUGAGCAGCACUUAUCGCUCCGCUGGUGAUCAGAUUUGGCAGUGCUUCACGCUGCUCUUCACGCUUGUGCCAUCCGUGCUGGUGCAGCUCACACUGAUCUUUAUUCACAGAGACCUGAGCAGAGACAGACCUCUAGUGCUGCUGCUUCAUAUAUUACAACUUGGGCCAAUAAUAAGGUGCUUGGAUGCCUUCUGUAUCUAUGGCAGUGCCGGAAAGGUGGAGGAGCCGUAUGUCACCAUCACCCGUAAGAAGCAGAUGCCCUGGGAAGGGCAGACCGAGGAGGUGGAGCAGGAAGUGGGCCAGGCAGAAGGGAAGUUAGUCACCCACAGGGCCGCUUUUGCCAGGACAUCGGUCAUACAGGCCUUCCUGGGCUCAGCACCCCAACUCACACUGCAACUCUACAUCUGUGUGCUGCAGAAAGGGGUGUCCAUCGGUAGAGGUACAUUGAUGGUCAUUUCCCUUCUCUCGAUUGUAUACGGAGCCCUACGCUGCAAUAUUCUGGCCAUAAAGAUACGCUACGAUGAUUACGAAGUCUCCGUGCGUCCGUUGGCAUACCUGUGCGUGUUCCUGUGGCGAGGGUUCGAGAUCGCCACACGUGUGGCAGUACUGGUCCUCUUCAGCUCCGUGUUGAAGGUAUGGGUGCUUCCGGUGGUGUCGGCCAACUUCAUCCUGUUCUUUCUGCACCCGUGGGUUCUCUUCUGGAGCAGCCGCUCUCCUUUCCCGGAGAACAUUGAGAAGACAUUGACUCGUGUCGGGACCACUAUUGUGCUUUGCAUGUUGACCUUCCUGUAUGCCGGCAUUAACGUGUUCUGCUGGUCCGCCGUUCAGCUUAGAUUGGAUGACCCUGAUCUGAUCGAUAAGGGUCAGGCAUGGAGGCGCCUCGCUGUGUAUUAUUCCCUCCGUUUUGUCGAGAACACGGGGCUGAUUUUGAUGUGGUACGUCCACCGGACUGAGUUCUACCAAUGGGUGGACGCUCCCGUGUUAGAACUGUCGCUGUUGUUGGGUUAUGCCACAGCUGUUUUAUUUAUGUUGCUCUUUUACCAGUUUUGCCACCCUUGCAGACAACUCUUCUCAUCCAGUCCAGCCCAAGGCUUUUGGGAAUGCUGUGGAUCCCUCUGCCUGCUUCUUGGGACGCUUUCCCAGCCGGGCUCCAUGAGGACCAAGCCACCAGAGGAAGACACUGGAGACGAUCCACCCUGCGUUACCAAAGGGGACAUUGGACAGAGUUUGUGCGGCGCUGUGUGAGCAAAGCACAGCUUAAAGAAAUAGUUCAACUAAAAAUGACAAUUCUGUC